AACCGCCGUUCGCAGUUCGAAGUCAUAAGAAACCCUAAUUUACAGUUCGGCGAAGCGCAGCGGCGGCAAUGGCGACAGUACCGGGGCCUUUGAUUUGGGAGAUAGUGAAGAAGAACAACUCUUUUCUCGUGAAGCAGUUCGGUAGAGGAACUGCCGGCGUUCAGUUUAGCAAAGAGAGCAACAACCUGUACAAUCUCAACUCCUUCAAACACUCGGGUUUGGCAAACAAGAAAACAGUGACCAUUCAACCUGCCAAGGAUCAAUCUGUGCUGCUUGCGACAACUAAGACUAAGAAGCAGAGCAAGCCUGCAAGCUUGCUUCACAAGUCUGUCAUGAAAAAGGAGUUCCCCAGGAUGGUCAAGGCAGUGGUAAAUCAGGUUGGAGAUAACUACUACAGGCCAGAUCUAAAGAAAGCAGCUCUUGCAAGGUUGAGUGCUGUGAACAGGAGUCUUAAGGUUGCCAAGUCUGGUGUCAAGAAGAGGAACAGGCAGGCAAUGAAGAUCCGAGGCAGAAAGUGACUGAGAGGAUGAAUCAGUUGUAUUCUGCUGUUUUAAUCUUUACUCUGGCCACAUAAAAUUUCCCCAGUUUUUCAAAUUGUUUGUUGUCUUGCAACAUAUGGAUUUAUUUCGUUGGUGACUAUUGUCUAGAUUUUGAAACGAAUGUAUGGAUUGAGGAUUUGCUUUUCUUUUCAUGGAAAAAUAUAGAAAAACAUUGUAGUGGAAUCUUUAUUGUUGUGAAAAUCCUUCCAGACCAUUUCUUCAUUCUAGUAUGUAAUAUCUCUGACA